AUGAAAUCCGCUAUCGCUGCUAUCCCUUUCCUUCUCAUGGGAUCCUCCAUGGCUGCUCCUCUUGAGAAGCGCGCCUGUCCCAACAUCCACAUCUUCGGUGCUCGUGAAACCACUGCUCCUGCCGGUUAUGGAUCAGCUGGCACCGUCGUCAACCUCAUCUUGAACGCACACCCCGGCUCGACUGCCGAAGUCAUCAACUACCCAGCUGCUGGAGGCAACAGCUAUGCCUCCUCUGUCCAGGCUGGAGUCAAGGCUGUCACCAACCAGAUCAACAGCUUUGCUGCUUCUUGCCCCAACACUCAAUUGGUCUAUGUUGGCUACAGCCAAGGAGCUCAGAUCGGUGAUGACGCUCUUUGCGGAGGUGGUGAUCCCAACCAGGGCAUCUCCAGCACUGCUGCUCCCAUCUCAGCUGCUGUCGGAAACAAGGUCAAGGCCAUCAUCUUCAUGGGCGACCCCAGAAACAUCCCUGGUGGCUCUUACUCUGUCGGUACCGCCAAGAACCCUGGUGUAAGCCUCGUCCAUUUAUUGACUUCCAGCUUUGUUCUUUUUACUGAUAAUGUUUGUAUUAGUNUCGACCCUAGACCUUCGGGCUUCACUUGCUCAGCAUACGCAAGCAGAAUCCAGUCUUACUGCGACUCUGCCGACCCAUACUGCUCGAACGGAAACGAUGCCAACGUCCACCAAGGCUAUGGUCAGGAAUAUGGCCAGGCUGCUCUCAAGUUUGUCAACAGCAAGCUUACCUAA